AUGCCUCCUUCCUCCAACUUCAGCGCUGGAGGAGCUGAGCAGGGGAAGGAGUGUAUUGUCAACGACCAGAUGGGACCCUUCACUGUCCUCUACAUCCUCAUCUUUAUUGUCAGUCUGCCUGGAAACCUGCUUUCUGUGUGGGCCUUCAUCCACAGUCCCAGAGCACAGCAGCAGAGCACCAGCGUCUACCUGGUUAACCUGCUAGUGGCCGACCUCCUGCUGCUGCUCGCUCUGCCCUUCAAGAUCCUGAAGGACCUCGGGGCGGCGCCGUGGAGCUUCAUGGUGUUUCACUGCCAGGCCAGCGCUGUCACCAUCUACAUCAGCCUCUAUGCAUCCAUCGCCUUCCUCGCGCUCAUCAUUACUGACUGCUACCUGCAGGACUGCCACACGAUGCACUCUCUGCGGCUGCAGGAGGUUGGCUUCGCCCGGCUGCUGUCUCUGGUCAUCUGGCUGCUCCUGCUGCUCAUCAUGGUGCCCAACAUGGCUCUGCCCAUACAGCAGGUCCAGGUGCAGCAGUAUCUCAGCUGUUCAUCCCUGAAGAAAGACAUCAGCCUUCACUGGCACGCCCUCACUGUCUUUCUCUGCACAGCUUUGUUCCUCAAUGCCUCCGCCGCCGUGCUACUCUCCAGUGGAUUAGCUCUCAAAAGACUCCUGGGCAGUCGCAGCAACACCAAACUCUGGGUCGACUCAAGGCGCGUGGCAAGGAGCGUGACAGCCGUGGCGCUGGCCUACAUACUCAGCUUUGUUCCAUACCACGUCGUACGGACGCCAUACACGCUGGCCCAGACCGAAGUCAUCAAAGACUGCCAGAUCAAGCGGCAGCUUUUUCUGGGGAAGGAGUCAACGCUGCUGCUGAGCGUGCUGCACCUCUGCUUUGACCCCCUGCUCUUCUUCUACCUCUACACACCUUUCAGACACACAGUCAGGAAGAUGUUCUCCUGCAGCAGAGAACAGACAGGCAGCGAUGCAGAGGAGCAGGCUGCAGAGGAAAUGAUACAACAUACAACUUCUGGUUGAACCACAGAUGCCAACAACUACUUCAAAUAAUGAAUGUUGAAGUACCGAGUGUAAAACAACUUGAAGCAAGACUCCAGUGCAUGUUUAGCCAGUGCAUGUUUAGCCUUGCUUAGCAGCAGGACUAAAAGUACAGAAACUGGUAGCCUAAAACACACCUUUCAAUUCCUCCAAGAGUCCAAAACUCCAUUCCACACCCUGUACUCCAAGCUGCCUGGACUCAGUAAGUAAGAAACCUGAGAUAAACUUGAUUUAAAUCAAUUUGACUUUUACUUUUAAUCCACUGUUUAUUCAGUAUUUAAUUGCAUGUAUAAUCCUGGUUGUAAAUGUGAUGGGUUGGUGUUAGUUUUGGAGAGUCUUGUUGAUAUAGGGACUAAAUCAAGUCAGUAUCAAAAUCUAAAGUGAUCAAUGUCUUCUGAUGCUGUUAAAGGGUCUUUAUAGGCUGGAGUAAGCUGGAGGAACA